AUGGUCGUCAAGAUACUCGUCUACGCGGCCGUUGCUGUCGCUCUCGCGUACCUCGCCCUCGUCUUUCCCAGGCUCAAGCAAGAGUGGAAGCUCUAUUCCCACCGUUCACAGCUCCCUCCAGGCCCUAAAGUCAUCAGGACGGGCAUUCGGAAGCCAUGGCUCUGGUUUCAAGAGCUGAGCCAGCAGUACGGAGAUGUCGUCUAUCUCCAGCUAGGACCUACCCCAACUAUUGUUCUCGGCUCUGCACAGGCAGCAUGGGAUCUUCUUGAGAAGAAGGGCGCCAUCUUUUCUUCUCGUCCGCGAUUCAUCAUGGGCGGCGAGCUGCUUUCAGGCGGUAUGAGGGGUCUCAUGGCUCCUUAUGCAGGCUACUGGAGACGCUGGCGCAAGCUUCUGCACAGCGGUUUCAUGCAGCGCCAGAGUGAGACUUAUCGACCUAUCCAGAGUCUCGAGUCCAAGGUCUUGAUGCAUGAUCUUUUGAGAUCGCCUGAAGACUUUCGAACGCACCUGGAGCGAUAUGCUGCAUCUGUAAUCGUCACCGUUACUUAUGGCAGGCGUGUUGAAGAUGUCAGGAGUGACAUUGUCGUCCGCCGCAACGCAGAGUCGAUGGAGCGUCUAACAAUGGUCAACAUUCCCGGAAAGUUUGCUGUGGAGAGAUACCCAGCCCUCAAGUACGUGCCUAGCUUCCUGGCACCCUGGAAGGCCGAGGUUCUCCAGCAGCGAGAGAAGGACAUUCGCAUGUACACCGAGCUCAUGGAUGAGGUUCGCGACAAGGUUGCUCAGGGUGUUGCACCAAACUGCUUCGCCAAGCACCUUCUUGAAGAGCAGGCUAAUCUUGGCAUGUCGGACUUGGAGAUUUCUUACACGGCAGGCUCACCUUUUGGUGCUGGAGUCGAGACAUCAGCGGGUUCUCUGGCUAGCUUUCUCCUCGCAUGCGCCAAGUUUGGCCCCCAGUUUAUCCCAAGAGCCCAAGAAGAACUCGACAGAGUCGUUGGAAAUGAUCGCCUGCCCACGUUUGAUGAUCUCCCCAAGCUAGAGUACAUCAGAGCUAUUACCUCUGAAACCUUGCGAUGGCGACCAGUUGCUGUACUUGGUGGCACUCCCCACGCCAGCACCGCAGAUCAUGUGUACAAGGGAAUGUUUAUUCCCAAGGGCAGCACCAUCAUCGCACCUCUCUGGACUCUCCACCUCAACGAGGCCGACUUUCCUGAACCCCACGAGUUCAAGCCUGAGCGCUUCAUGGAAGAGCGCAACUAUCCCGGUACCUUUGGCCACAGCGCCUUCGGUUGGGGUCGUCGUAUUUGUCCUGGCAUGCACCUUGGUUCUGCGUCGGUGGCAAUCAAUAUUGCUCGUAUCCUCUGGGCAUUUGAGGUGAACCCUGCCAAGGAUGAGAAGGGAAGGGAUGUUGAUGUUGAUAUUUUCGCGUACUCUGAGGGCUUCAACUCGGUUCCUUUGCCCUUCCCCUGCUCCAUCACACCACGUUCUCAGAGACACACCGAGGUCAUUGGAGAAGAAUACCAAGAUGCUCUGGAGCAGUUGACGGCAUACACGGCGACCACGAGUAAGAUUUCCUGA